AUGCAUACGCUUUUGAAUAUAAUUGUUUUUGCUUUGUUUUGCAAUAUUAUUAUACAAGUUCAAAGUAAAAAUAAAGAUUAUUUAGCAAAAUUUUUCGAAACUAAGGAUCCUGCUGAUUUACCUGAAAAUGCCAAACAAUUUCUGUUACUUUGGCAAUCCCAACAACGAGCUGAUGGUGAUGGACAUUGGUGUUGUGCUAUAACUCCACCUACAACACCUGUUUUCUCUAGCACUGGCCAUCUUUUACAUUAUCAGCCAUUACCGUGCCCCGACACAUAUAUGGUCUGUUGCAAGGGUUAUAUAAAUAUUCAAGGUCAAUGUUUUUCAUUCAGCGACAUUAAAGACAUUCUUCCAGCUUGGCAAGCACUUUCUGCUGCAUUCGGUUCAACAAUGACAACUGAACAGAUUCUUAAUGCUGUUCAUCAAAUCGGUUAA